AUGGAGUUGAUUGACGAGAGAGAACCAGAUGAGGGGGAGACCUCGCUCAUGUGCCUCAUGGUCGAAGUAGCGGGACCACAGGGUCCGAUCCUUGUUCACCGCCCAUGGACAGCAAGCGAUGUCAGAGACGCUGCAGAAAACCUGCCCGAUCCUAUGAUUUCAGGAAAAGACUUUGGAGAUGAACUCAUACGUUUCUGCCGUGAGUACAGACCCACUGGAGCUGAGAUCGCUCCAGAUCGCGAGAUGAGCACUCUGCCCACGCAGACAAUCAAUACCACCAUGUUGACUGCACUGGCAGCUGCCAUAACUGAAGCUUUACACAGAACGGACGUGACAGCAGUCACAACCUGCAAACAGCUGGAAGAUGAACCAGUGGAUGAGUUCAUUCACCGCCUCAUCACCCUUGGUCUGCAGAAAGACAUCACCACUGAGGUUCAACGCACCUACGUUGGGUGUGGAGACCUCUGUCUGCUGGCAGAGCUGCACAGACACGCAAGACACGCUCAGCUCAUGCUGCAGCAGAAAAAGGACAUCAAAGGCCAAAAAGCACAGAAGGAGCUGCACAUGGCUUCCCUGACCAUUUACUGCAGCAACAUCCUGAGCUCCAACAAGUGCCUUCUGCUUAAUGGGCAGCACAUAAUUUCCUAUAGUGUCUCUGUGACCAAACAACCCAGCUGGACUCAGACGUUCAGUGGUGAGAGCAUCACUCUCACAUGUGAGAUCCAUGGAGGUGGAAACGCUCAGUGGGAGUAUGAAUGGAGCACACCCAGCUCAAACCAACCUGCGGAUAAAACUGGUAAAGUGUUGAUGAUCAGCAGAGCUGAUGUGACUCACAGUGGAAACUACUACUGCAUGGGCAGAAGAAACCGUGAGUUCACGCAGUGGAGUGAUGUCAUCACACUGACAGUAACCUCAGAACGACCCAAACCCAGACUGACAGCAGGUCCAUCAACCAUAUCAGUAGGAGGCAGCGUGACACUGAGCUGCUCUGUGGACGGUUCUGAUGGAUGGAAAUAUGACUGGUACAGACAGACGUCAAACGAAUGGACAGAAGCAGGUGAUGGAGACAACAGAGAAAUCAGAGUCACACAAGGAGGCGUCUACUCAUGCCAAGGACGAAGAGGAGAACCAACUUACUCUAAUUACAGUGAUUAUGUCACCAUCGAGAUAACUUCAUUUAUGUUUGUAUCAGAUUCAAAUUCUGUGUCUGUGAGUCUGCAACUGGACUGGACUCAGGUGAUCAGAGGUCAGAUCACUGUUAGAUGUGAGAUCCAGGGAGGUGGAGACACUCAGUGGGUUUAUGACUGGGAAACAACCAGUGGAAAAACAAUCACACAGAGAACAGACACUAAUUACUGGACAGUGUCUGCGUUCAGCAGUGGAGGCUACAGGUGCAGAGGAACAAACAGACAGGACUCAUUUUCUUCAACAUGGUGGAGUGAACCUGCUGCACUGACAGUAUCAGGUGCUGUGUUGACCUUUGACCCCAGCUGGUCCAGGUAUUUUACUGGAGAGUCUGUGACCUUCACAUGUGACAUGAAGGACGACAAACGCACUGACUGGGAAACCAGACUCAUCAAAGAUGGAGGAGAAAUAGUUUCAUAUAGUGGAUACAGAAUAAAAGCUUUGUCUACAGGAAACAGUGGUAGAUACCAGUGUUUUAGUGUCCACAGGAAAACAAAUCACAUAAAAACCAGUGGAACUGUCAAGUUAAUUGUAUCAGGUUCAAACAAGGUGGUCGUGACUCUUCAUCCCAACUGGACUCAGUUGUUCAGGGGAGAGACGAUCACUGUCAGAUGUGAGAUUGAGGACAGAGGAGACACUGAGUGGGAAUAUGAAUGGAAAACACAAAGAACAACAAACACACAACAGAAUGAAGUCAACAUCAGCUCAGCUUCUUCAUCCCACAGUGGAAACUACAGCUGUAGAGGCAGAAUGAGAAACGCUCAACAUAACACAACAGAGUGGAGUCAAUCCAUCAGACUGAGUCAGUGUGUAUUUAAAUUAUUUAAGGUGAUUUGUUCUCUCUCCAUCAGGUAAAGCCCAGUGUGGCCUCACAGCGUCUCCAUCUUGGCUGAGUCCUGGAGCCUCAGUAGCUCUGAGCUGUGAGGUUGAGCCUCCAUCUGCAGGAUGGAGGUUCUACUGGUACCAGACUGUUCCUGAUGGCUCACAC